GGAUCUGUUAGUGUUGGUGCGGUGAUCGCGGCGGAAGAACUCUGUCGGCGCUCUUUACCGUGUGGGACUCGCUGGACCAAGUGGCUGCAAAUUCGAAAGCUAUUGCACUGCAUAAUGGAGCCACAGUGCAAAAAGCGAAAAACAAGAACACUUGGCACCUUCACGUGGGAGGUGAUGCCUGUCCUUUCGGAUGAAAAGUUGUGUGAAGUUGAACUUGUGGAAGCAUUUGCAGCCCCUAUUAUCAAUAAAAAACAGACAUCUUAUCUUAUUAAACAAUUGGCUUCUCUCUAUCCACUGAACAACCUUCCACAUAUCAAGAGAGUAAGAACCUGCAGGGACAAGAGUGAUCAUCCUUUAGAAAUCAUCAUUUGCCUACUCAGGGAUAUACCAAAUAGAAAGUUAUCUCUCAGCGACCUCUUUCGUGAAGGCAAGGCUGAUGGCAUUGGACUCGGGGAACCUUUUCAAGUGAAAAUACCAGCAUACCAACCAUUGACUAGAUUUCAGUUUGAAACAGCUAGCCAGCACUGGCCAACAACUUUUCGUGAAAACAAACAAGUAACUGAUGCCCUUCAAGGUCACCUUUUUAACACUGAAGAGAAAGCAAAAAUGCAGACAUUUAUGGAAAAAGCUAUUGAAGUAGCUAAUUUUGGAAAGAAAAUGGGAAUGGAACCAGUUGGUGCUGUGAUUGUUAACCCAGCCACGGAUGAGAUUGUUGCAGUAGGUCAUGAUUGCAGAAAUGGACCAAAUCCACUGCUUCAUGCAGUUAUGGUGUGUAUUGAUCUAGUUGCCUAUGGCCAAGGUGGUGGUGCUUUUAAUCAUAACAAAUAUCCUUACUGUUAUUUUAAGACAGUAGAAUCCUUUCCUGGUGACUAUGCAAUCAACAUUGGUAAAUCUUUGCUUCCUUCAGAUGAUCGUAGUCUCAGAGGAACUACUGUAAAUGGUUUGCCCUACAUAUGCACUGGUUAUGACUUGUAUGUCUCAAGAGAACCAUGUGUAAUGUGUGCAAUGGCAUUGGUCCAUUCCAGAAUACGCAGAGUGUUUUAUGCAACGCCAUCUCCGGAUGGAGCUUUGGGCACAAAGUACAAAAUUCACACAAAAAAGGAUCUUAAUCACCAUUAUGAUGUCUUUAAAGGAUUGAUGGAAGAUGAAUGUCAGUUUCUUUUGUCUUAACUUCAUACAGUUUAUUUUUCUCAUGAAACAAAAUGUUAUUAUGGAUUUGAAUUUUUAAAAUGUAUUUCAUGAAACAUAAUUUUAAUUUCAAUGGACUACCAACUCUUAAGAAUUCCAAGAAAAUAUUUGUUUUGAAUAAUGAUGUAAUUCUUUGAAUUUAAUUUUUAAACAAUUCAUACAAGUUUUUAAUUUUAAUGUACACAAAAUCAUUGCACUAGGCUCAGCAACAAAAGCAGAAUAAAACUUAAGUUUUUUUGAGAAACAUAAUUGAAUGCAGUAGGUCUGGGCAUGCAAUAACAAAAUUGAUUGUAAAGUUGUUACAUGUUGAGCAGGAAUAAUCUCAGGUCAGGAAAUACUACUUUUCUUGAUUCAAACAUACUUUUUAAAAAAAAAGUUUAGGUUUUAUCACACAAUAAAUUUGCUGGCAAUUGCAUAGAGCAAAUGCAAACAGUCAAAGAGCAGGGUUUAUAAUAUUUUAAAAGUAAUGAGGGAUAUAACUAGGAGAGCGCAUCAGAGGAUGGAAUUAUAGUGGCUUAAGGAGGAGCUAUCAAUAGUGAAAUGAGCAGCCAGAACCGUGUUGUAAUGACAUGGUUGAUUAAAUGUCUUACUUCCAGUGUUCCUUUGCGUGUUUUUAAGGUGCAAACAAGAAUCUUAAAAUCAAUCAUGGGGAUCUAUAAAUUCUGGAAAACUUGAAUGUGUGGUCCUCAGUUCAGAUGAAAAUAUUGCUGUUCUGCAUGAUGUAUGCAGGACAGAAAUGGAGAAAGCCAACAAGGGCUGUUGGAGAAACUCAGUCUUGUAUGACUGAGGCAUAAGUUACAGUUCCUACUGUAUGGAGAGGUUUGUAGAAGGGAGCAACAUGUAGGGGACGACCCAGCAACGUUAACAGAACAAAGCUGAGAUUUGGCCUCGUGGUGUACUGUAUUUCUAUACAUUUGUUUAUUGAAUUUGCAGUUAACAAUAUCAAAGUAUACUGGCAAAAAUUAAAAAAUCAGGCCAUGACUAGAAGUAGUUGACCCUCAAAUUAUGCACAUUCUUGUGCCUUGUUCCUUCCCCAGAGACCUGCUCUCUCCACAAAAGUGGAUCCCUCGUUUACACUCCCCUUUAGAAUACACUGUCCCAAUCUCUAUCCUGAUUAUGACAAAGAUUAAAGGACAGUAUUUCUUUGUUCUCACAUACCUUUGAGUGUGAAGUUAUAGUUCUUGAGUAUUUAAAAUCAAACAUUUAGAGGUGCAGAAGUGAAGACAACCAGUUAGAUUUGAGGACACCCUCAUCUCUCAGCAGUGACCAGAAUCUUAGUGCCUAUUUGUGAUACUGAGAAAAAUCAAUAAAAUCAUUUUCAUUUUGGCAACAUUCUACUGUCCAGGUUAUUUGAGCAUUGAAUGAGGGUGCUGUUGAAUAAGAUGAACAGAAUGUUGCCUGGACUGGAGAAUUUGAGUUAUAAAGAAAUUGGAUAGACUGGUGUUGUUUUCCUUUGGAGCAGAGGAAACUUGAAUAGAGGGUACAUGAUUGAGAUAUAUAAAAUUGAGGGGCAUAGGUAGGGUAGAUAGGAAGUAAAUGACCUCUUGGUGGAGAAGCAAUGAUCAGGGGGCUUAGAGUUAAGCUAAGGGGCAGGAGAUUUAUAUGGGAUGAGAGAGAGAAGGUUUUCACACAGAGGAUGGUGGGAAUUUGAAAGGGAAGCUAUGUUUGAUGACUAAAUGCUUGAUUUUGUAUUUUUCAUUAAGAUGUCUCCAAAUCUCCCCAACAUCUUGGAACUAAUUAUAGAUAUUUAAUCAGAAUAAAGUAUAAACUGUGUAUGCCAGCAUACAUUUUAAGCUUUGUUCGAAGUAUCUGAGAAGCAGAUUGUCCUGAUUUCUCUUCACAUGACUCUGCUGAUUCUUAACUGCCUAGAAUAGAAUUGGAGUGACAUGCUGGCCUAUCAAAAUCUAGGCAAUUGGUAUCAUGAUUGGCAGACUUGGCAGUCCAAAGGGCCUGGUCCUGCUGUAAUGUUCCAUGUUCUAUUCUUAAUUUUAGUGUCCAAUUUGGAUUAUUAGCAGACAUGGUAUUGAUACAGUCCUCAUUUGGUGAACUGAACCCAAAGCUCAAGCUGUUUAAUUUUUGCAGGGGAGUGUAUUUCUAUUUUAGGCAAAACAACAAUUCACUGCAGAGUAGAAAAAUGGGUAAUUUCAGCACAAUUUAGAAACAUUAUAGUGGAAAGCAUUUUCCUCUGUUUAUUUGUAUUGUGUACCUUGUGUUGCAUUGCAUAUUCCAAGAUCCAAUUACAUUAAACAGUUGUUUAUCUUU